AUGCCCACCCCGCCCGCGUCCAAACGCCCGAACUUCCUCGUCAUCGUCGCCGACGACCUCGGCUUCUCCGACCUCGGCUGCUUCGGCGGCGAGAUAAACACGCCGAAUAUCGACGCGCUCGCGUCCCGUAACAACAGUCUGCGCUUCACCGACUUCCACGCCGCGGCCGCGUGCUCGCCCACGCGCGCCAUGCUCCUGACCGGGACGGACAACCACAUCGCCGGGCUGGGCAACCUCAUUGAGUGGACGAACAGAUCUCGACCGGGCACUAAGGGCGAACGUUUCGAUACGGCGCCGCAGAGAGGGAUGCCGGGGUACGAGGGCUAUUUGAACGAGAGGGUCGUCACGGUGUCGGAGGUGUUGAGGGACGAGGGGUACGAGACGCUUAUGGCGGGCAAGUGGCAUCUCGGUCUUACGCCCGAGCGCUCGCCGAAGGCGCGCGGGUUCGAGCGGAGCUUUGCGCAUCUUCCUGCAUGCUCCAACCACUACGGCUUGGAGCCGCAGCUCGAGCACGCCGACACGCUCCCGCCCAACAUGUCGAUGUCCUUCAUCGCGCUCCACUCCGAAGACGGCCGGUACGUCAAGAGGCUGCCCGCGGGGUGGUACUCCUCCGACGGCUACGGCGACAAGAUGGUCCAGUACCUCUCUGACCGCCAAUCCCGCGCCGAGACGCGGCCGUUCUUCGCCUACCUGCCUUUCACCGCGCCGCACUGGCCUCUGCAGGCGCCGAAAGAGCUUGUCGAGAAGUAUAAGGGCGUGUACGAUGAAGGCCCGGAUGUGCUGCGCGAGAAGCGGUUGGAGAGGUUGAAGGAGCUUGGGAUGGUGCCGCGGGAUGUGAAGCCACAUCCGGUCGUUGCGGAUGAGGUUCGGGAGUGGGGGAGCUGA